AUGAAACGAGUAUUGGAAAUUGAUGAAGAAGAUAAAAACGAGUUAGCUGAACGAAUUGCUUCAGCUAGUCACCAUCGAUUUAAUCUGUUAUCAUCACGCGGAAAACCGUCUUCGAAUGAAUGGACACAUUUAGCUGCAUUUGUUGCUGUUGAUGAGAACGAUCACAUCGAUGUCAUCUCAUUAGGUACAGGAACCAAAUGUUUAGGUGGUGAGAAGAAUGAACGAGGUACACAAGGAUGUUUAUUGCACGAUAGCCAUGCCGAAGUUAUCGCACGAAGAUCAUUGUUAAGAUUAUUCUACGAUGAAAUCAUUCGUGGAACUAAUUCUACUCUUGUAAAACAAGAGGAAGACAAGAAAUUUGUAUGGAAUGAAUCUCUUCGACUUUAUUUGUUUGUCUCAUAUCCACCAUGUGGAGCAGCCGCAUACUUAUCUGAUCCAGUCAAACGUCCAAAGUUUGAACAUAAAUCGUUGAAUUUGUCGAAUGAGCAAGAACAACUUUAUCUCAAACCAGGCAAAGGUUAUCAAACAACAAGUCUUUCGUGUACAAAUAAGAUCAACCGAUGGAUUUAUCAGGGACUCGAAGGAUCUCUUCUCAAUCAAUUCAUCAUCUCACCAGUCAAAUUAUCUGGUUUAGUCAUUCAAACCACUGUAGACUUGUCUUCUGUUUUCAAAGAUACGCUGAUGAUAUCAGUGAAGAAUUCGUUUGAAUGUGGUCCAUCGUCCGAACGAACUCGUCCGUGUGCUAUGUCGAUGGCUUGGUGGAAAGGUCUCGAUGUCUCCACUCCUGUAGUUACAGUCGAUGGAUAUCCAUUGGGUCAAGUGAAAAGGCUACGACAUCGACAAGAAUAUGCUAGUCCAAUUGCCAAAUGUUCGCUAUUUAAAUUGUACCUUGAACUGAAGGAGAAUUUAUCAUCGUCAUCAUCAUCAGUGACGACAUAUGCACAAGCAAAAGCAUUCUCGUCGAAUUCACUGAGAGAUCAGUUUAUGACAAAACAUCCAGGAUGGCUACAAACCGAUUCAGAUGUAUUUUAUUCAUUUACCAUCAAUUCUUCGUCUUCAUCAAAACGAGAUAAGGACGAAGAGUAA